AUGUCGAAAAUAUUGAUCCUGAUAGUCGCAUGUGUAGCGACAUCUGAAGCUUGUUCGUGUGUACCGUUUCCUGGCCUCCAAGAAGCGUUUUGUGCUUCAGAUUUUGUGUCACGUGUAAAAGUGAUCUCAAAAAAAGAUCCUAACGCUUAUUCGAAAGGUUUCCAGGACGUCAUCUACACAGUUCAUCAUAUUCACGUUUACAGAAAACCAUCUAAAACAGCUAAACUUCCUAAUGAAAUCUACACAGCAUCGAAUUCAGCGGCAUGUGGAAUCGAACUUGAAAUUGGAAAGGAAUAUUUGAUUGGAGGAAGUGUGGAUGAGCAAGGCAAGCUCCACAGUUAUUUGUGCGGCAUCCUUCAGAAAUGGCACGAGGUCCCAAAAAAGGACAGAGUCGCUUUGAGAACUUACAAAUGUUAUUAA